GCAUUUCUCGAUAUUAUUCGACGCCAUUUUGCGCCGCAUUUUAUAUAGCUAUAAUGGUAAUAAGUCUCAUUCUUUCAUACGUAACUUUCAUAAGCAAAAGAAUAAGAUGCAAAAUUCACUGACUUUCUCUUGAGUUACGUAGAUUAUUAUAAUAAUAUGGGCAAUUUGCGACUGAAAUGAAGACAAUCACACUGUUGUAUUUGGAAACAUCUUGACCAACCUUGAAAAAUGGGCACAGAGUUGCCAAAAACUCAUGAUUCAAGUGGUGAUUCGGACUCAAAUAGUGAUUCUGAGAACAGUAGCACCAGCGAUUCAUCAAGAAGUGAGUGGGAGUGUUCUGAUUCUAAGCAAAGUGCUUCCCGAAAGGCACACUUCUCAGUUACUUCCUGUGAUACUGGCUUAAAACUGAAGAUUGCUGCCAUACCACAGAGAAAAGUAUCACCAAAAAGGACCAAUAAACCAUCAGUAAAAAAGAAAUUGACUAAUAAAGGUCAGAGUAAAGAUAGAACACCAGUGAAGAAAAAAUCCCAGCUCUCUGAUACCACUUCCAGCUCAGAAUCAUGUAGUAAAUGUUCAUCGGAUUCAUCAAGUGAUGAUGAUCUGCCGCUAAAAGCUGUUUCAAAAUCCUUACCAUCUAAAUGCUCGGCUAAAACACCUACUAAAGUUAAAAACACCAAUGCAAAAGCUGACAGUGAAGAUGGCAGGAAACCAUGUGAGAUCAAGGAAAGUGCAGCAAAACUUAAUAACAAAGAGAAACAAUGUGCAUCAAAGACCAACGUUAGUGUGAAAAAGACUAAAAGUGACGAAUCUACACAUGAUGCUCCAUUGAAAAGAGGAAGAGGGCGACCCAGAACAAAGUUCGCAUCGGGUGCGGCGGAGAGCGUGGCUUGUGGAACUAGUUCGUCAUCAUCAAGCUCUUCGUCGUCAUCGUCAUCAUCAUCUUCGUCAUCAUCGUCUUCGGACUCUGACACCGCGGAUGCCGCAGGCGGCACCGCACAUGCUUCACCAGAUGACUCCAAUGCUGCACUGGCCGCGGACUGUCAACUACAGCUCAUCGACGAUGCAGACCUUGCGGAACUAUUUCCAGAACAAACAUCGAGCGCGCCGGCGCAACAGCCCAAUUUCUCGACCUUUACUGUCCACAACGCGGCGCCGGAUAACGACGACAAGUCCAUUGCUGAUAAUGGUGAUGGAUCCAGUAGUGAAAUGGAACUUACGCCUCAGCUGGUGACAGCUGCUAUACAAAGGGCGACCGCCGAUUCAUCAGGAUCGGAAAAUGAGUGUUCCAACUCGGACACGGGGCAUCAGAACACCACGCACUACGCUUCCAGCUUGCUUCAGCAAUUUGUUGCCCAAACUCAACUGCUGAGCAGUACGGCGCCUUUAACAUCGAUUAAUACGGCAGCGUCAUCUUCACUGUCCUGUGGAUUAAAUCCAUCAUCGCUAGACGGCGUCGGGACAAUCAGCGAUUGUGUACUUGGCCAAAUAAAUACUUUGCCAGAAAUAACUCCCAUCGCGCCAAACUUUUUAUCAUCGAGCCAACAUUUGAGUCCGCAGCAGACAGAAGAGCUUUCACAAAAUUAUAAAGACCUCGAAGAGAUUGCUUCUGUUGCGGAUUCUGUGGAUAUAUCAAUGACAAAUCCACCGAGUCUAGAAGAUUGUGUCGAUAAUAAUGACUUCAUGACAUUAGAUAUCACUCAAGGAGGCUCCGAACUAGGAAGUGCUAAUGAUUUGUUAAAAAGUUCGCCUAUGACUAUAGUUGGCACAGAUUUAAAUCACCUAAGUCAAAUUGAUUCUCAAAAGUUAGACACAAUCAGCACAAACUCAAUUGAAUCUCAGGAAGAUGUGAAAAAUGUUAUCGUAGAGUCUAGAAGAAAAAGAGGCAGGCCUCGGAAAGUUCGAAAAGCUGACGAAUUUGACAACAAAGGUACUGAAUCUCAUAAAGAAGCAAAAUCUGUAGUAAACGUAAUAAAUUUUCACAAUAAUAAUGACCCUCCGAAUGUUUCUCCAGAUUCUGGAAUACUCUCGAAUCACAACUCCCCCACGCAUUCCCCGCUGAGACGUCACGAUGUUGACGAAAGCCACAGUAGACUAGGUAGGAAAUCUAUUCAAAAGGAAAACACAACGAGAAGAGCCAUGAGAUCAAAAUCCAAAAGCAGGAGCCUCGCUCAGAACAGAUCAGAUUCUAGUGAAUGUGAUUACCAGAAAAAGAGAAUUGAAAAUGAAAUUAAACAAAUUAAAACGGAAGCUCCAUCUCCAGUUCCACUUAAACAGGAACAAAAUAAAUUUGAAAAGAAUAAGAAGGUUGACCAUAAACUUGAUAUAGCUGCAUUAGAUAGAAUGUUAUAUGCAACAGACAGGGUAUUGUAUCCUCCUAGAAAAAAGGUUGGGCGUAAACCGCAAAGUAAAACGAAGUCUGCUAAAAACACGCCUAAAACUUUAAAAGACAAAAAUCAGUAUGACUCUGGUGAUAGUGACGACGAUUCUGUAACUACCAACAGGUCUGUGUUAUCAGGUGUUUAUGCAAAACGUAAAGAAUUAAAUAGCAAGCUUGCAAACUUACCCAAAAAGAAUAAUAAAUCGUUUGCUAACAACACCUGGCGAGAUAAUCAAAGUGAGAAUGAAGCAGCUGCAGAUGACCCAUUAGACCCAACUUGGAAACAAAUCGAUCUGAAUCCUAAAUAUAAAGACAUCUUGUCGGGUUAUAAAAGUGACCAUGAAUUUAAACCCUAUAAAAGCUGUAGUCGUCUGAUAGAGUCGGGCUAUAAGAGCGAUUACGGCUGUAGAUCUGGAUAUAAAAGUGAUUACUACCGUUCGGGCUAUAAAAGUGACCACAAGUCGGGUUACAAGAGCGAUAAAUCGGGAUAUAAAACAGACAACAGUGUAAGGAGCAUGCGGAGACGCAUGAGGAAAUUAAAGAAGACUAGGUCAGUAAGAGAUAGGUCGUAUUAUAAAAACCAGAAACAUUUUGUAUCAGAUCAAGAGAUACUUGUCUUGACAAAUAAAACAUUCAGCAGCCUAACUUUAGGUCACAGCUCAAGUGAUUCGGAGUGUGAAAGCUACUUGCGAAAACCCAGUGCGAGUCCUAAGUAUGUAAGUGUUUGCACAAAAUAUCCACUAGCAUCAAAGUAUGACUUCGGGUUUUCAAAGAUGAGCCAAAAGCACGUGUUAAGACUGAACUCAUCAGAUCCUUUCGCUCCUGGCCCAGUGUUUAGUGGUUUACAGCGGCCAGUAACAACUUGUAAUAUAUUCAAAGUGAGUAACAACAACAAUAACAAUACUAUGCUGAAGUCUCCAAACAAAGCCACAUACAUCGGCAAUUCUUUGCCAGCACUAAAACCUGCAUUUACUCAUAAAUUUGGAUCGUCACCGAUUUGCAUAGCUGCUAAAGUUUCUGGACCGAAGAAGGAAAAUGAUAGUAGUUUUAAAUACUUUUCGAGAACGUUAUCCCCUAAGAACCGUAAACAACUAAAAAACGGAAAUACUUCGUUUUCGAGCUCGUCCAAAAAAGAUGCUCCGCCUAAGCCGCUUCCUAGUAUUUUCGAAAAAGCUAAAAAUAGUUAUGUUCCGAACAAAUCCUUAUCGAGGAAUGUUUUUCUAAAUUUUAAGAAGCCACAUAUAAAGCCAUCUUACCACAUCAAGAAACAUAGACGCACAGUGGUUUUAGCACCUCCUAAAAUAAAUCUAAAACCUACGGAGAGACUUUCGAGGGUAACUGUUAAGACAGAGAAUAAACAUCAUCGACAUAGAAGUAAAAGACGGCAUCGAUCUAGAUCUGUUUCUAAAUGCAGGGAAACAUAUACAAAAGCUGUAGACCUCGUUGAUCAAAGGUUUAGUCAAGAUAUGGACAACUUGAUAUCAAAUUUUAUUAAAUUGUGUCAAAUAGCACCAAAAUUAAUUACGAAUGUCACACAAAAUCCGCCUAAAACUACAGAGAAGACAUCCACCGAAGCAGCUCCUACUAAAGUGGUUAAAAGAGGAUCGAAGAAACGCAAAACUUCGGACAAUCAGGAAAUUGCUACACCUACGUCUAAACGGAGACACAAAAAACAGCUAGCAGAAUCUCAGAAUAAAGGUGGAAAAGAUACUAAUGAGCAUAAAUUGCCCCUCAAAAAGCGGCAUUAUCACAUUAACUCCUCUACAGGUAACUCAUUGAGUCUUAGCUUAGUAACAUCAGAAUUUGACGAGAAUUCUAAGAAUGGAAAUAGUCCCGAAAAGUUCUUAUGCACCGAGACUGAUUGUACUGGUGAUGUCCAAAGUAAUACACCCGAAGAUUCGCCCAAACUAAAAGUAUCGACAGAAAAAGGCAAAAAGAACUGUGAUAAUGCAAAAGCAUCCCAAGUCGCCAACAAUCAGGACAUCAAAAGUCUUAAUAAUGAAGUAGCAUCGAAAAAUACAAAAGCAAAUAACAACGCAUCUGCAGAUAUUUCCGUUAAAAUAAAUGAAAACAAUAGCACACCUACUAAGAACCAUUCUCCGAAUUCCCAAACUGAUGAUGAACUAUCUAUCAAGAAACCGACAUCGGAGCAAUCGGAACUUUCUAAGAAGAUAUAUGAAACGUCCGAAAAGUUGAAGGCGGUUCAUAAAAUGGUGCAUGAUUUAGAGAAAUCUUUACCUAAAUCUAAAGACCAGGAAGUGAAACCAGAAUCAAAUAAACAAGAAACAAAUAAAGUUUCUUCACCAAGAUCCGAAAAUAAAUCUUCGCCUACACGACAUUCCGCACCUAUUGUAACACCGAAGAAGCGACAUAGACUUGAAGCAGAUAAGGUUAUAUCACAUUCGAGUCUAGAUCAAGUAGUACAGUCUUUGUCCAAGAAGCUAUCUGAAGAAAAAUCGGUCACAUCUUCAGAUGCGAAAGAAACCAAGGAUGUUAAUCAAAAUAAUUCCAAGGAAGAUUCUAAAGAGGCUGAAAAGUCAGAUACUGCAAUGUCUAAUAGUAAUACAACAUCGCCAAACAACGCGAAUAUGGACCCGUUGAAGAGUAUGUCUGCUCGAUCCUUAUAUAAAAGUUCAAUCCCACCCGCUCAGAAGUCUGAAAUAAUGACGCGUAAAAAGAAUAGAUUGGAAGGUUUAACAAGUAAUCUAGUUUCUAAAAUAAAUCCAAGUGCAGCUACUAAGGUUUUAGAUACACUACUAAAUAAUAAUAUACGUAAAUCUAUAGAAUCUCGUAUUUUAGAAAAGGAGAAAAAUAGUUCAGAACCUUCUGGUAAGGCGACUGAUGAAAAGAUUAAAAACAAAGAAAUAUCUCAAAUUAGCACAAGGGCAACAGUAAUUAAGUCUCCAGUCUCGAAAGGCAAAGUUUUGGACACUAAAAAGUCCAAGGCAUCAGAACCUCAUGUUGAACAAACGCUUGUUGUGAAUGUCGACAAACCAACUGGUAUAUUUGAACCAUCAAUUGAUUUGGAAGACCAGAUUCCCAAGUCUUCCAUUUGUGUCAGUAAUGUUUUGGCUGAUGCAAAUAAAGCCAAAUCUAAAGCUAAAACGAAUGACUCUAAAGCGGCUAAUUCUCUAUUAGCUCCUAUUGACACUGAAUCCGAGAUACCGUUGGCAUUAAUAUCAGAAACACCUGACCCGAUUAUAAGGCCAAAACGGGGAGAAUCAAUAGCUGCAGUCAUAUCAGAUAAACUUCAAGAAACAACUGGUGGUCAUAAUUUACGACAAACAAAAAGAAAUUUGAAUACAGACACUGAAGAGCCAAACGAUAAUAAGAAAAAGAAGAAGGCUAAUAAUAUUCUCAGAGAGAGUAAACUAGUUUUGCCUGCCAGGGUUUUAGUUCCAAAAGUACAAGCGGAACGUCUAGCCAUCGCAGAUUCAGCUAAGAAGAUCAGCUUGACUACUAAAAAGUCCGAAGCUAAUGAUUCCAGUGACAAUAAAACAGUGGAAACAUCAAAAAAGAAAACUAGAAGGCGCAAGGCGAUUAAUAGAACUGGCUUCCCAAAUAUUAAAAGAAAGAAGAAGAAGAUCGAAAGUAGCAACAUCACCUCGGAUAGUCAUUUCACCUCCGAUACAGAUAAUAAUUCUGCAUUUGAGCGCGUGCCUAAAGAUGGUGAAGCUAUGAGUAGUUUCUUAGAACGUACUAGCAGUAAGAAACCAGAGCUUAAAGUAGUGCUAAAUAAGGACGAAUGUCCUAAACAAGGCAGAUUGACUGUUGUAGCUCUUGAGAAAUUACAAGGCAAAGAUGUCCCAAGCGAUAACAAUAACAAAGUUUCUAAAACUGCUGAUACUGUUGCUACUGAGAAAAAGACUAGUUCAUCUAUUUUAAGAGCACCAGCCCUUCAGCUUAAGAGUAAAACAGAGAAAGAGGUUAAAAAUCAUAUAAAUAAAUGGGAAGUUCUGAGUGAAACUGAUAGUAUUCCAUCUCUGGCCAGUUCUCUUAGUAAUGAUCCCGAAGACAGCAUACCAUUGAGCCUUUUGAAUUUAAAAUCUGAUAGACCAGUUAGUCGUCUGGACAAUUUGGAAAGGCUAAAACGCAAAACAAGGGCCGUGUCACCAUCUCCUGAAAUUGAAGAAAUAUUCUCUAAGAGAAAAGUUGUCGAGAGGAAUUGCAAAAUCGGCUUGAGACCAAAAUCUAGUCUUGCAGUGUUAUGUCCAAGUGAAAGAAGGCAGACCAGGAGUUCUGAUAAUACCGCUGAAGAACCGAAAAUAACUAAAGCAAAGAAACCAGAAGUCAAGAAAACAGUAGUUGAAACUGAGAAGGUGACUAAGCCGGUUGCUAUUGCAAAUAGAAGAAAAUCACGGUCUUGUCAAAUGAACAAAAAAAGAGAAGUCCAAUCGAGUUCUCGAGAGAGUUCUUUAGACACCGUUGUAAGUCGCAAGUUUGAUUCGAAGUCAAGAGAACCCUCGUUAGAUACUCUCGAAAAUGAUCCUCUGCCGCUCAAUGAGAAAGAGAUCGAUUUUGAGAAGAGUAUCGAUGUAUUAUCGAAAAAUAUCAUUUGUAAGAAACGAGUGGCGUCAUCUCGGGACGAUAGCCCGGCAAGUAGUGUGGACAAUAGGGACAAACCUGUAAUAUCGAAGAGGAAUCCGCGCCUGCGCAAGAAAUUCUUAGCUGCUGGUUUGUUCUCCGACUAUUACAAGGAAGAUCCCAAACCCGAGGGUAAAGGCAAGAAUCUAGUGACCCAAACUGAGUUCCCGCCUGGGUUGUUAGCUCCGCCGCCGUAUUGUGAACGUUGGGUGCGUCGAAGACUGCAACACUUCUCACUGCCUUAUGACAUUUGGUGGCAACAGCAUUAUAACCAGCCUGUACCAUCGUGGAAUUAUAAGAAGAUACGCACAAAUGUUUAUUACGAUGUGAAACCAUCAGCGGAAGAAUGUGAAAGCGUUGCGUGUAACUGUGCCCCCGCUUCGGGAUGCAAUGAGGACUGCAUCAACAGAUUGGUUUAUUCCGAAUGUUCGCCACAACUGUGUCCUUGCGGUGAUAGGUGUAAGAAUCAACGUAUUCAGCGGCAUGAAUGGGCUUCGGGCUUGGAGAAGUUUAUGACGGAGAAUAAAGGUUGGGGUGUGCGAACCAAACACAGGAUCACUUCGGGAGAUUUUAUCCUCGAGUAUGUUGGAGAGGUCGUUUCUGAUAAGGAGUUUAAGGAGCGGAUGGCGACUCGAUAUGCUAGGGACACACAUCAUUAUUGUCUACACCUAGACGGCGGUCUGGUUAUAGACGGACACCGGAUGGGAGGCGACGGACGAUUCGUCAACCACUCUUGCAGGCCCAACUGUGAGAUGCAGAAGUGGACCUCCAAUGGCACCUUCCGAAUGGCUCUCUUUGCCUUACGAGACAUCGAUCCUGGCGAGGAACUUACCUAUGAUUACAACUUCUCGCUGUUCAAUCCUGCUGUGGGUCAGCCCUGCAAGUGUGAUUCUGAGGACUGCCGAGGUGUGAUCGGAGGUAAAUCUCAAAGGAUCACCAAACAACCAGUGAAAACUCAAUCGCGGACACCAUCUAACGCGUCGAACCAGUCUCAGAGUUCAAACGGCCAUCAGCCGCGGGUCGGUCGGCCGCGCAAAGCGGUCAAAUGUAACAAGAAAUCUGAACAGCAAGCUGUGAGCACUUGCGAUAUUAAGACUAUGACCAUUCUCAAGUAUCAACAACAUCUGAAUAAGUUGUGGCAGGAACCUCAGAUGAAACCGCUCACGGCCAAGGAAAAGAACAUCGUGAAGGAACGGCACUGCUUCCUUUUGAGAAACUUGGAUAAUGUACGGCGUAUCCGCGACCGCAUCAACCUCGCUAUCCCGGGCUCUCCACCACCGGCAGCCCCAGCCCCUUCCACCGCCCCCGCACUACCCGCGCCGGCCCCAGCGGUCCCAGUAGCACCCACUACAUCAUGCACUGUAGACCCACUAGCCCCGGCCCGCAGUGUGGACGAGGCCGGAGCACUGGCUAGACUGCGAGCGUUGCGUGACGUCACACGUCCGCCGCGACCGAAGGACGAUCCUACACUGCCGAAGGAACAACGGUUGAAUGUUGUGCUGAAGGCUAUUUGCCGCGCGGUCAAGGAAGUUAAGGACGAAAAAGACAGGCCACUGUAUACACAACUAGUGCGAUCUAAAGCCGAGCGAGGCAAAGCCCCGGAAGGCGGCCCAGCUGACUUGGCAGCCAUUGAGACAGAAUUAGAAGCCGGACAUUACGACACACUGGCGAAGUUCGAUUCGGAUGUGUCAUCGCUGUUGAGUUCCAUCUUGCGAGAACAUGGGCGCCUGUCAACUAUGGGUGCUGCUGCCGCACAAAUUAAAAAGGUGUAUAAUUCCGUGAAGACGGAUUAUGCGGAUAUGCUCACUAAAAUACUUGGACCUGACGAACCCUUGCCUCCUGGGUUCUUGCAGAAAACUAAGACUGAGGAAGUAAUCAUGUGCAUCUGCGGUCUGCACGUGGAGGAAGGGCUGAUGGUGCAGUGCGGCGGCGCGGGCUGCGGCGUGUGGCAGCACGCCAGGUGUAUGCGCGUCACCGACACCAGUGUGCCGCACUACUGCCAUCACUGCCAGAAUACCAAGGUGGAUCGUGAAAUACCUUUAGACGAAUACACGGAGGAAGGUCAUCAGUUCUACCUGUCGCUAAUGCGUGGCGAGUUACAAGUGCGACAAGGCGACACCGUCUACGUGUUGCGCGACAUUCCUAUUGACGAGAAGAACCCUGAUGUCAGCCAGAAAAAUGGCGACAAAGCGGAUAAACCCGACUCGCCUAAAACUAAACGCGUCGAUAGGAAGAAGGUUAAGAAUAUUGCGAAAAAUAAAGAUAAGACUGAAGAAACUGCGCAGAAUAAGGAGGGUGAAGUUCGCAAGCACACGUACCAGACUAUCGGCGAGAUAUCCGUAUCAGAGCUGGACAUAUUCCGCGUGGAGCGUCUGUGGAAGCACAAGGACACGCAGGAGCGAUACGUGUACGGACACCACUACCUGAGGCCGCACGAGACCUUCCACGAGCCCACUAGGAAGUUCUUCCACAACGAGGUGAUGAGAGUACCACUAUAUGAAGCAGUGCCUAUCGAACUUGUGAUGUCGCAGUGUUGGGUCAUGGAUCUCAAUACUUAUUGCAAGGGUCGUCCAGUAGGUGCCCUGGAGCCGCACGUGUACAUCUGCGAGCUGCGCGUGGACCGCGGCGCCCGCCUGUUCACGCGCUCGUCGCGGCACAAGUACCCCGUCUGCACCAGACCAUACGCCUUCGACCACUUCCCGCACCGACUCAAGAUUACUAGGACUUAUGCGCCUCACGAAGUGUCUCCCGAAUAUCUGAAAGGCAAAGCAGCUAAGAAUGCUGCCACUACUGACAAGAACAAAACUGCAUCUAAGGAUGUCAAAAAGAAAACAGCUACACCAGCAAUUACGGAUGCAGGAAAGAGUUGCGUGAGCACCAGCGGCGGCGGCAGCUCAGCUGUGCAGAGCCGCUCGGCGCGUGCGGAGCGCGUGAACUUGCUGGCGCGGCGGCUGCUGGCGCGGCUGGGCUGGCGCGGCGCGGCGCUGGACGCCAGCUACCUGCUGGCGCCGCGCCGCGCGCGCCGCUCCGUCUCCUGACGCUGCCUCUGCUGCGCGCCCGCGCCGCCGACUGCCUCGGCUAGCAAAGCCAAGGAGCCUUGAGGCUGGGAGCUCACGUCAUCUGUAGCCUAGACUUUUCCCAACUCGGCGGGCAGGCGGGCUCCACUCCAACCGGAUCCAGCUGAGUACCAGUGUGCCACAUGGAACAACUGCCUGAUGUGUUAAGGCUACUCGCCCACGUAAAACUUUUUGUAAGGCAAAUAAUAAUUAUCGAACCGAUUUUUUGUAGUACUAUCUGACUGGAGUUUUGUGCGUUAAACUAUUUCUAUCAGUAUUUUCUACAAAAAAUCUAUCACCGAUAUUACCAGGGAUGAGUGAGCAGCCUAAGCUGACUCAAGCCGGGAUGUCAUGCCAGAGGAUUUUAAUCACCGGUUACUGAUCAUAUAAACAUCUUAACAUUUCUACUGGUAAUAAAAAACUUCUUGAAAUCCCGCUGCGUUAUACUCUCCAAUAAUGCCGUCUCAAGAAAUCCUUUUCGAUGCCACGUCAUCAAUUUAAUACAUUAAAUAUUUUUUUUUGUAUUCUUAAAAGUUAAGUUUCAAUAUACUUUGGUAAAAAUUUAAAUCCUUUGGCAUUCCGUCGUAAUAAUAUAAUUCUCAGUGUUGAUCGCUGUAUUAUUAUUUUUUCUAAGAUUUGACGCUUGAUCUUUGCGCGGUCACAUGACCUUUGGCGGUGUAACAUCAUUGGACCUGCUGAGGAGAUCAGGCUUUCUCGGAUAUUAUCUCCUGAAUAUGUUAUGAUUGUAAGUACUUUGUUUAUUAAGUUUCGUGCUCAGUCGCGAUGUUGUAGUGCAGCAUAAUUUACUUAUGGGCCCCGAUUCCCCGACUUAGACUUAGGAGUACUGCGAAUAGUUAUAUUUUUACAUAAGAGGAAAGUGCGGAGUAUUGUUGUAGUUAUUUAUACAUGUAACGUGUACGAGAUAAAUUGUAGGUUAAUAAAAUUAUUAGUUAACGACCACUGGUGCGAACUGAUGUUGAACGUUGAAGAGUUUUAAUAGAGGUUAGAUACAGAAGUGUUGUUUGGGAGGUUGUUAAUUUAAUAUUAGUGAUUAAUUAUUAUUAUUCUUUUUUCUAAUCAUCUUCCGCUAGAAUAAGAGUUAGAGGAAGUAGAUUAUGUUUCAAUCGUCUGGUCAUUUAUAUACGUGCUAGCAGGAACAAGGCAGGAUGCACUCAUGCCUUACGUCACGCACUAAAAUCUCUCUAAUUUUUAUACAUUUGGUUAAAAUAAGUUGUACAUAAUGUUAGUGUUUAAGGUGGUUGGUUGUUUUAUGUUUAAAUCAAGAUGAUAAUAUAUUGCUUACUGUACGGACCGUAUGUUAGUCCUCUAUGAAGUGUCUGCUUGUUUAUCCGACGCCUGUCGGACACUGUAUGCACGUCUCUCACGCUACGCCUUCAAAUUGUGAUCAUGGAGAACAAAGUUGUUUUUGUUUCUAAUUUAUUUGUAAAUUACUGUUAGUUUUUAUUCUUUCUUAGUAACUUAACAUUUCAGUGAUUUUUUUUGUAUAUUUUUAAGAAACCAUUUAUAGUAUUUUGUCUUUACUGGUUUACACUUUAUUAAUCUUUUUGCUUAUAACAGCAUGUGUUGAGAUCGUUUGGUCCCAAAAUCUAGUACAAAUAUCCAUCAUAAUCAUUCUUAUACACUUUGAGAUCUAAAGCUUGAUGACAACAUCGAAAUGUAUUUACUGUUAUAUAUUCAACAAUGGUAUAGUGACUUUUUUAUUACUCUAUUUUAUUUAGAAUCAAAAUAGAAAGCACUAUCUUAGAUCAGUAAACACGAAAUCCAAAUACUUAAAGUAUAUACUUUUUUUUGUCGCUCGCACUUGCACUUUUGAAAUCAGAUGUUUUCGCCUUAUGGUUAAGUAAUAAUCAGUCUACCAUUUGUACCACAGAUAGACAUAUUCCCGUUAAAAUAUCCAUGAAUUUAUCUAUAGUGACAGUUAGUUAAUUCAGGAAUUCAGAUAUGUACUUAACUAGUGAAUUAAAUAGUUUACAAUAGUCAAUAAUAGUUUAGGUAUAAGAUUUACAUUUGAUUGCCUACUUUGUGUUAUAUACUACACAUAGACAAUGGUCGGAUGAUUAGUAUCCGAUCAAAGACAAACCCUGAGCCACCUUCAAUUAAUCGAAUUUUGGGAUCAAAAUUAUUUUUGCUUUUCUGAUUGACAUUAAAAUUUAUAUUUUCUCUUAUACAAGUGUAAAUAGUUUGAUAUUUAUGAAUUUAUUAAUGAGUUUAGAUUUCUUAUAUUUCGUGUCUUUACUUUUAAAAGGACACGUGUUUUUUUCUAAAUCAAUUUUCAUGAGUUAACAAUUAUUUUUGAUUGUUACAAUGCGUUUUUUGAAAUCGAUUCAAACUAUUUACACAUAUCAGGGAUAUUGAAGUGUUAUAAGAAAUUACUUUUUUGAUAUAACGAGCAGCUUUACUAUUUAUAUGUUUUAAGAUGCCAUUUGUUGUAACUCAUGUUUUAAUAAUAAAUUAAAUUGGAUCAGA